CGUCUGGGCUCCUGUCGAGCUGUGGGGGUGAUAACUGCAGGAGUUGGUGUCAUCCCUGUUUCGAGGCGACGUGUCACCCACUCUCCAAGCUCAUUGGAAGUCAUUGCGGUGCUGUAGGAGCAGGACACGUGCUGCACACAAGCUGCCUGAGCAGCAUCCUGCCUCCUCCUCUCUGCAUGUGUGUUGUAACACCACUAUUGCAUCGACCAAGAAAUAGGAAAUGUUCAAGUGCAGUGUUGUUGGUGUCUCCUCUGGAGGCAUCUGCCAGCACCUUUGUGGCACAUGAGGUGAGAAGGAUGUCUUUGUAUGCAUGCCCACAGGGGCAGGGAAAUCCUUGUGCUACCAGCUUCCUGCAGUUCUGGCAGUGGGCAUCACCAUUGUCAUUUCACCUCUGAUUGCACUGAUUCAGGAUCAAGUGGAUCACCUGCUGGCUCUGAAGAUCAAAGCUUGCUCUCUGAACUCCAAGCUUUCUGCCCAGGAAAAGAAGACCAUCCUGGCUGACUUAGCAAGUGAGAAGCCCCAAGUAAAGCUCCUGUACAUCACUCCAGAGAUGGCAGCUGCCUCUUCCUUCCAACCUACACUGAACUCUCUGGUGUCCCGAAACCUCUUGUCCUACCUGAUCAUUGAUGAGGCUCAUUGUGUCUCCCAGUGGGGACACGAUUUCCGCCCCGACUACCUGCGGCUGGGCACCCUGCGCGCCCGCAUACCCCGCACCCCCUGCGUGGCCUUGACUGCCACUGCCACCAGGCAGGUCCAGGAGGACAUUGUGGCAGCACUCAAGCUGAAGCAGCCACUUUCCACCUUUAAGACUCCUUGCUUCAGGUCAAACUUGUUCUAUGAUGUGCAGUUCAAAGAGCUCUUGACUGAUCCAUACACCAACCUGAAGGAUUUCUGUCUGAAGGCACUUGAAGUGAAGAACACCACUGGGGUGUACUCUGGCUGUGGCAUCGUGUACUGCAGGAUGAGGGAUGUGUGUGACCAGCUGGCUAUCGAACUGAGCUACCGAGGGGUGAAAGCCAAGGCUUAUCACGCAGGACUCAAAGCAGCUGAUAGGACUUCAAUCCAGAAUGAAUGGAUGGAGGAGAAGAUCCCUGUUAUUGUUGCAACCAUCAGUUUUGGGAUGGGAGUAGACAAAGCCAAUGUCAGAUUUGUUGCCCACUGGAAUAUUGCCAAGUCAAUGGCUGGAUAUUACCAAGAGUCUGGCAGAGCUGGGAGAGAUGGGAAGCCAUCCUGCUGCCGCCUCUAUUACUCGAGGAAUGACCGGGAUCAAGUCAGCUUCCUGAUUAAGAAGGAACUCUCUAACAUCCAGGAAAAAAAAGGCACCUUAAAAGAUUCCGACAAGGCUGUGAUGACAGCUUUUGAUGCCAUUGUGAGCUUCUGCGAGGAGCUGGGCUGUCGCCAUGCUGCCAUAGCAAAGUAUUUUGGUGACGACACCCCUCCCUGCAACAAGUGCUGUGACUACUGCAGGAACCCCGGGGCAGUGAAAAGACAACUGGAGUCCCUGGAACGCUGCAGCAACAACUGGAGCAGAACCUGUGUUGGUCCUUCAGCUGCCUCCUGGGACAGCUACGACCCAGAGCUGUAUGAAGGCGGGAGGAAAGGCUGCAGAGGUUUUAGCAGGUAUGAUGAGGAGAGCAGUGGGAACUGGGAUGAAGCCAAUGAAGAGAAUCGCAAACGGGAGUGGGACAACUUCUACAAAAAGCAGAUGAGUCUGCGCAAAGGCAAAGAACCAGAAAAGGAAGAUUUUGUUCCUCCAAGUGCAGGCUGUCCCCUGAAGGAUGCCAGCAGCAGGAGGAUCUCUAAGCUCACUGUGAAGGGACGGGAACACUGCUUGAAGAUGCUGGAAGAAGCUUUGAACACCAAUCAAAAGGUUCCAGCAGCAGGAGGAGAAGAGUCAGACCCUCGUGCCUGUGCUGUGGAACUGGAGUACGAAGCUUUCCGAAGCAGUAAAAUGGCCAAUUCCUACAAGGCAACGGUGCUGAAGAAGGUAGCAGAAAUCAACAAAGCCUCAAAACAAGGAGAGUUGUUCUCAGUCUUUGGGGCUGGAACUGCUGGCAACAGCAGCUUGGAAACAAAAUCCGGGUCUCUAGCAGAAGAGGAUUUCCUGCCUGCAUCCCAGGUUUACUCUUUCAAACCCAAGCGUGUGGGAGCAGGAUUUCCAAAGCAGUCCAGCUUGUUUCAGACAGCUUCAGAGCUGCUGAAGAUCCAGGAGAGUGACAUAAAGCCCGUCAAAAAAGAAGAAGAUUGUCCAAAUGGGCAAGACAACAGCAACUGCAGUGUGGAACUGGACACCAGAAAGCCUGUUCCCCAGAAGAAAGAACCAGGAACCAAAGAAAUGUGUGAGAGUGCAGGGAUAGAGGGACUCCUUCCUGAAAACAAAGGACAGCAGCCCAGUGCAGACACAAAAGCUGCCCUUUGGGACAGCCCUCCUAAGAAGUCCAAACGGAGCAAGAAGCAGCAAAUGCUGGCAGAAGCUGCUAAAAAAGAAUCACAGGAUAUUUCCAAAUUCUUCUCCCUCCCCAAAGGUGGGUCUAAAGCCAAAAUUUGCAGUUCAGCAGGGGCAGGUGGCUGUUCUGCAAGCACACUACCUCAGCUUUCUUCUCAAAGCACAUGUCAAGAGAAAGCAAUACCUCAGGAAAACAAAGAUGUCUGUGGAGAAGAUGGGACUGAACAGUCCCAGGCAGAGGAUGAAGAACUGGGAGAGACAGAAGUAACACUGACUGAGAGAGAGGAGGAUUUUAAGACCCAACAGGCUGCUGAACCUGAACUCCCUCUGGAAGAACUUGAUGUACAAUCCAGUGCUGCUGAAAGUGCCCCAGAGACUGAGCUCUGUGUUGCUGGAGAAGGGGAGAGCGGGAAGCGACCGGGACCAGAUGAGGAUCUGGAAAGUCCAGCAACAAAGAGGCAACGGACAGUGGCAAAAUCUUCCAUUCUGUCCCAGCCAGAAAGCAAAAGUGUUGGUCCAGUAAAGAAGAAGGUGACUUUUGACCCAAACUUAUCACAGUGUGAUAAAGAAGGAACAAGCAAGACUGUGCAGCCGGUGCCCAAAGGCACAUCCCUCAAGGAGACAGCAGACAUCGUCGUCAAAUGUUUGACCCCAUUCUACAAGGGUGGCAAAUUUGCUUCCAAGGAUCUGUUCAAGGGCUUUGCUCGGCACCUCUCCCACUUACUGGCCGAGGAGCAGGGCCCUGCCCGCAGGACUGUGAAGGAGGAAGCACAGAGACUCAUCAAGGAGUUUUUCAGAACAAGGGUCAGGUGUGAGAGCGAGACAGACUGGGAGGAGCUGCAGAGCUUGGAGAGCUGAUCCCUGCAUCCUGCUGUGCCUUCCUCCAGCAGCAGGACCUCGAGGAACUCGGCCAUGGAGGCUUUCAUGAAACUCUGCUUUCUGUUCCCACUGCAUCUUUGCUCACUCAGUGACACACACUUCCAGGAAACCAGUUUCUGUGCAAGUAUGGAGAGUUUCUCCAGUGGCCUGGGUGCCGAAGCACUGAGAGGUGUGAAGUCUGCGUCUGCUGUGUAGGUCAGGGGCUGCUGCCUCAGAUGUUCUGCAGAGUCUCCAACCUCUUCUCCUUGCAGCCUUUCUAACUGGGACUCUGGGAUGGCAUUUUGCUCCCCAAAAAGCUCCUCCCUUCACCCCCCAUCUCUUAGUUCUCGUUUCAGCAUUACCAGUAGCCACCUUACAUGACCAGUUGGGUGCUUUGCUCAGGGCUGCCAGCCACGACCUUGAUAGUUUUGUUCCUGGAUGGAAAGUUUUCCCUUGGAGGGCAGGAGGGGAGUGUUUUGUUUCCACCUUGCAGGCAGUGCCUGCUUUCUGAAGGUGGAGAAACUCAGAUUCUUUUCCUUUUAUUUUGAACUUUGUUUAAAGUGUAUCUAGUUGUGGCUGCCCUCUGACAGAAGCCGUGAUGCUCUUUCAGUGUCAGCCUCUCCAACAGUGGCGUGGAGGCUGCCAGCACCUUUCCAACCCCUAAAGCCAUAUUUGCUCCCUGUGCCUCACCCACAGUCUGCAGUAGAGGGCGCUGCUGUCCUUAGGAUGCUGCGGUGGCCCUCAAACUCAGCUGUGGUGCCUCUGCUGCUAUAUUUAUAUAAGGGCCUGAAACUUAGGGUAUUCCUGGGCUUGAAAUAACUUGAUUCUUUGGCAGAAGUCCUUUCUGUUGGGUUUUUGUUGGGUUGUGCCUUUGUUCCAUGGCUAUAGAGGCUGGUGGCCUCAGGCAAGAGCACUGCUAGAGGAAUCUGCAGCCUGAGGGGCCAUCAGACAGGCUUCUGGAUCACUGUGCUCAACAGCUGUAGGGUUUUUUUAAAUGUCCUUAAGGGUGUGUGUAGGACUGACAAUAAAACAGGGUUACAGCUGCUGUGGACUCUUCCUGGAAGCUUUUUCUUUCCUCUCAAUGGUACAGACUGGUCUAAGAUACAUCAAUGUGCUAUGAAUGUAACAGGAAAGCUCCCAAAGGGGCUGGUUAAGGCACAGGGUUGUGUGACAAAGUGUUUUAUCACAUUGUGGGGCAUUUCUAACCAGAUGGGUUGUGUUUCUGUGGAAGGCAGCAAAAGCUCAGAGAAAGAGAAGGGCAAUAAGGAUAAAUUAAUCUUCAUCUGCCCUCUUCUGUCUUACCUAUCCCUGUGGUGCUUUACCUGAGCCAGUAGAACUGUUGACAGGGGAGGGGGGAACAUGCUUCAGCUGAGACCUCACAGAUCACAGUGAGCAGCACCCAAAGGGAAGUUCCUGCCAGGGCAGGUGCUGUAGUGACUGGCAUCAGCUCACCAGCCAGGAGGUGGCUGUGUAUCAGGGCUUGCAUUGAGCACCUCAGAUCUAUCCCCAGCCACAGGGACCACACUGACCACCUUUUCCACCAGCUUUGCCAGUUACCUGUAGGUCCAUUUUACCAUGUUAGAUGCAAACCAAUGUGUGUAAUUGCCUCAAAACAUCUCUGUGGGAUUAUUUUAUUGCAAUCUCCUAAAAUGCAGAUUCUUCUGGAGGACAGCUGUAGCAAUAAAAAUAAAUUAAGUGGUUUUGUACAGCCCAGCUCCCUCUGCUGUAAUACAAAGCAUUCUCCAUGGGCAGGGAGCCAGCCUGGGUGCCAGCUGCAUGGCCACAACUGACUUCACGAUAGGAGAGGGAAACAGGCAGCUAAUUAUGUCAGUAGGAAACCAACAAUAAACUUUCUUACCAUUGCAGCUCAAUCUGUGGCACCAGCAUAUGUGGUAAUUGCAUAUUAACAUGGAUCUGCUUUGCAAUUAAGAUGCUUUCUACAAGCUCCUCCAUCAUAAAUCCUGCUCUAGGGCCUCUUGCACAUCACUACAGUGAAAAGGUGGCCUGUGGCAAAUGGCAGCAGUCAGCGGUGGGCUCAGCUGUGGUGUUGUACAGGAGUGUUAGCCAGCAUCAGUCUUUGUUCAUGGUA